AGAACUUUCACACCCAUUAUAGACUUUUGCUUGCUCUCUAGCUUCGCUGUAGUCUAAUCUUCAAUAAAAGCUUCAGACUUUCAGUGACUUUUUUUUUUUUUUUUUUGGUCCUUCCAGGAAAGUAAGUAAGAAAGGAAAAAAGGGUUUUGCACAAUGGCAGAUUGGGGACCAGUAAUCAUAGCAGUGUUGCUAUUUGUGCUGCUGAGUCCAGGGCUUUUGGUUCAGAUACCUGCAGGGAAAGGAAAGAUUGUGGAGUUUGGGAAUAUGCAGACAAGUGGCGCUUCCAUAUUUGUCCAUGCCAUAAUCUAUUUUUGCCUCAUCACCAUCUUCCUCAUAGUCAUUGGAGUUCAUGUCUACACUGGUUGAACUCUCUAUCUCUCUCUGUUUUUUUUCAUUUUGUUGUUUGUCAUUUUUCAAACUGCUAUUGUUGUUGUUGUUGUUGUUUUUCCUUGAUGGUAUUUUUUUUUUUUUUUCUUUUAGUGAGGUACUUGUAAAAGUAAAAUUCAUGCUUGGUUUAAUGGAUUGGAAUGGAUGAGUAUUUGUGCUUUUAA